CCGAGCUCCACUCCGCAGCGCGCGGACCACACUUUUCCUUCCUCUCCUUUUUCAUCCAUUCAUCACACAGAGUUUUCCCUUCUUCUUCUUCUUGUUUUGUUUUUCUUUCUUUCUUUCUUUCUUUCUUUUCUCGUGACGCCUCCACAUUUUCCAGCCAUCUGUCCCUGACACAAAGACAGAUAAGGAUUACUCAUUUUCUCUCUCGGCGGCGGGUUGUCUCUUCUUCUUCUUCUUCUUCUUCUCUUCUUCUUCUUGCGCGCGCGUGCGUGUGCGUGUGUGUGUGUGUGUGUCCUCAUCCCUCUCUCUCUCUUUCUCUUCUCUUUCUUUACAGCUUUUCAUCCCCUCGGUUCCGCAGGUGGACUGGGAGCCGAGCUCAACUUUGUGCGGAAACACACGAAGUAGAGGACAACAAGAAGGACAAAAGCCACGAGGACAUUCUUCUGUCUCCAUCCAGGACUCAGUUUCUUCUUCUUUAUUUUUUGUUAUUAUCGAGCCAAAUCUCGAGACUUCUUCUUUCCUCAUCUUUUCUGCUCCGUCCGCGCGCCUUCAUCCGGCAGCAUCGCUGCACCCAGCAGCCAAUCAGGUGCCAGCAUCAUGUCGGUGUUACCUCUGCUCAGCUGGACGCUGCUGCUCCUGGCGCAGAGCGGCGCGGCGUCGCCGGACGCGGCAACGCGGCAGUCUCGGACCGCGCAUCCUCAGCAGCCGCCACCGGACGCCGCUGCCGCUGCCGCUGCCGCUGCCGCGCAGUGCCCGUCCUGCGCGCUGGCCCGGAUGAGGAGGAACGAGGGCAACGCGGUGGACGCCGCGGCCGGGCACGAGCCAGAGGAAGCUCAGCAGGACGUGGUGGAGGUGGUGGAGGCGGUGAAGCGGCACAUCCUCAACAUGUUACACCUGCAGGCGCGGCCCAACAUCACGCGGCCGGUGCCGCGCGCCGCGCUCCUCAACGCGCUGCGCAAGCUCCACGUGGGGCGCGUGGCAGAGGACGGCAGCGUGCAGAUCGAGGGGGGGGAGGAGGAGCGCGGCCGCGGAG